AUGCAGCUCCCAAGACAGGCAGCCCGCAUCGCUCUCCGGGGCUGCAACGCUACCCUCGCCGGUGGUGUUCGCAUCCCAUCCUUCAAGCCACCGGUUGGUAGCGCUGCCGCCGCUGCCUCCUUCUCCACGUCUCACAGCAAGCCGGCCAAGAACCAGAUCUACGCAUCUGUCCGACGUCCUGACGACUUUUACACCUACCAACUCAUGUCCUCCUCCUCGCGCACACCUCUGAUAACGCUGUGGACCACGUCCUGGUGCGGGACAUGUCGAGUCGUUGCCCCGCUUAUCAGAUCCCUCGUCGAGGCCGGCGUUGGUGAAGCUGAGGGCGGCGUCGCUUACUGCACAGUCGAGUUCGAUUCUCCCGACGUCAUGAGCGGCGGUCUGGGCAUGACCUACAUGAUUACCUCGAUCCCGACGUUGCUGAGCUUCGACAACCAGGAAGCCCAGAUCCAGACAAAGGUGCACGACGCGAAGAAGCUGGCGGACCGCGCCUUUCUCGAAGAGUGGAUCCGCACCGAGGCCCGGCGUCACGGGCAACGCGGAGGCGGGGGGGGACCCGGAGGCGUCUUCGGCGGGCUCUUUGGCGGCUUUAGAUGA